ACACGCACCGUGCCGCUGCUCACACACUGCCCAGCCACUUGGAAAAUUCCCUCAACGCGGAGGAUAUUUUACUACUGAGCAGCGGGACUGUCGGCUUAUGUGCAUCUUCUCAGGGCUGACUCGCUUGAAAUGCCCCAGUAGAGGACCCGAAGUUGUGAAGCUCAGCAGACAUCCAAGGCUGCAUUUUUCUCAGAAAUAAGGUGUAGCUGCAUCCUCCGCCCACGCCGCCUGCCAAGAUGGUGGUGCUGUCGCUGAAAAUCUGCGUUCGCCAGUGCAAUGUCGUGAAGACAAUGCAGUUUGAGCCCUCCACAGCAGUCUAUGAUGCCUGUAGGAUCAUCAGAGAGCGGGUCCCUGAGGCUCAAACUGGACAGGCUUCAGACUAUGGUCUGUUUCUGUCUGAUGAAGACCCCAGGAAAGGCAUCUGGCUGGAGUCUGGAAGGACACUGGACUACUACAUGCUUCGCAAUGGGGACAUCCUUGAAUACAAGAAGAAGCAGAAGCCCCAGAAAAUAAAAAUGUUGGACGGGGCCGUUAAAACCAUCAUGGUGGACGACUCCAAAACAGUGGGAGAACUGCUUGUGACUAUAUGCAGUAGAAUAGGCAUCACAAACUAUGAGGAAUACUCUCUGAUCCAAGAGACGGUGGAGGAGAAAAAGGAGGAUGGGAUGGGCACGCUGAAGAAAGACCGCACGCUGCUGCGAGACGAGAGAAAAAUGGAGAAGCUGAAAGCCAAACUACACACAGACGAUGACUUGAACUGGCUGGACCACAGCAGAACGUUCCGAGAGCAGGGCGUGGACGAGAACGAGACCCUUCUGCUCAGACGCAAGUUCUUCUACUCCGACCAGAACGUGGACUCCAGAGACCCUGUCCAACUCAAUCUGCUUUAUGUGCAGGCUCGAGAUGACAUCCUAAACGGUUCCCACCCCGUAUCAUUUGACAAGGCCUGCGAGUUCGGAGGCAUUCAGGCCCAGAUCCAGUUUGGACCUCACAUAGAGCACAAACAUAAACCUGGAUUCUUAGACCUGAAGGAGUUUCUACCCAAAGAAUACAUCAAGCAGAGAGGAGCUGAGAAAAAGAUAUUCCAGGAACACAAAAACUGUGGAGAAAUGACAGAGAUCGAAGCAAAAGUGAAAUAUGUCAAACUGGCCAGGUCUCUGCGGACAUAUGGAGUCUCCUUCUUCCUGGUCAAGGAAAAGAUGAAGAGUAAGAACAAGCUGGUGCCUCGGCUCCUGGGCAUCACCAAAGAGUCCGUGAUGAGGGUGGAGGAGAAGACCAAAGAUGUGGUUCAGGAGUGGCCACUUACCACUGUGAAGAGGUGGGCAGCGUCACCCAAGAGCUUCACCCUGGACUUCGGGGAGUACCAGGAGAGCUAUUACUCAGUGCAGACCACUGAAGGGGAACAGAUCUCUCAGCUCAUUGCCGGUUACAUCGACAUCAUCCUCAAAAAGAAGCAAAGCAAGGACCGCUUUGGAUUAGAAGGGGAUGAGGAGUCAACCAUGCUUGAGGAAUCCGUAUCCCCAAAAAAGUCUACCAUCCUUCAGCAGCAGUUUAAUCGUGUGGGCCGGGUGGAGCACGGCUCAGUGGCGCUGCCAGGGGUGAUACGCUCCGGCUCCAUUGGCACAGAGUCGCUCAGCAUGGGCACCAUGCCAUCUGCUCAACAGCAGAUCACAAUGGGUCAGAUGCACCGUGGACACAUGCCACCGCUUAGUUCAGCCCAGCAGGCUCUGAUGGGAACCAUCAACACCAGUAUGCAAGCUGUGCAAAAGGCCCAGAUUGACCUAGGGGAAGUUGACAACCUGCCACCACUGGGACAAGACAUGGCAUCCAAGGUGUGGAUCCAGAACAAAAUGGAUGAGUCAAAACAUGAGAUUCACUCCCAGGUCGACGCUAUCACUGCAGGAACAGCCUCUGUUGUCAACCUCACAGCUGGCGAUCCGACUGACACAGACUACACCGCCGUGGGCUGCGCCAUCACAACCAUCUCCUCCAACCUGACAGAAAUGUCAAAGGGUGUGAAGCUGCUAGCUGCUCUGAUGGAGGACGACAUUGGCGGGGGUAAUGACCUGAUGAGGGCUGCCAGGACAUUAGCAGGGGCCGUGUCUGACCUGCUGAAGGCUGUGGAGCCAGCUUCUGGAGAGCCCAGACAGACUGUGCUGACAGCAGCAGGCAGCAUCGGCCAGGCCAGUGGAGACCUCCUGCGCCAGAUUGGAGAGAGCGAGGCAGAUGAAAGGUUCCAGGACAUCUUGAUGAAUCUGGCCAAAGCUGUGGCCAAUGCUGCAGCCAUGUUGGUGCUGAAGGCCAAGAACGUGGCCCAGGUUGCAGAGGACACCGUGCUUCAAAACCGGGUCAUUGCUGCUGCUACCCAGUGUGCCCUGUCCACCUCCCAGCUGGUGGCGUGUGCCAAGGUGGUGAGUCCCACUAUCAGUUCACCGGUUUGCCAGGAGCAGUUAAUCGAAGCUGGAAAGCUGGUGGACCGCUCGGUGGAAAGCUGUGUUCAGGCCUGCCUCUCAGCCACAGAAGAUGGCGAGCUUCUCAAACAGGUGAGCGCAGCAGCCAGCGUCGUGAGUCAGGCUCUGGGAGAUCUCCUGCAGCAUGUACGACAGUACACCUCAAGAGGAGAGCCUAUCGGGCGCUAUGACCAGGCCACAGACACCAUCAUGUCGGUCACUGAGAAUAUCUUCAGCUCCAUGGGAGAUGCAGGAGAGAUGGUUCGUCAGGCUCGGGUGCUGGCUCAGGCCACCUCCGACCUGGUGAAUGCAAUGAGGUCUGACGCUGAGGCCGAGGUGGACGUUGACAACUCUAAGAAGUUGCUUGCAGCUGCCAAAUUACUGGCUGAUGCUACGGCAAGGAUGGUGGAGGCAGCAAAGGGCGCGGCGGCGUACCCAGAGAACGAGGACCAGCAGCAAAGACUGAGGGAGGCUGCGGAGGGGCUACGUGUGGCCACCAAUGCUGCUGCUCAGAAUGCCAUUAAGAAGAAACUGAUUAACAGACUGGAGAAUGCCGCCAAGCAAGCUGCUGCCGCGGCCACGCAGACCAUCGCAGCUGCUCAAAAUGCCGCCACCUCCAACAAGAACACUGCCGUUCACCAGCAGCUGGUGCAGAGCUGUAAGGCAGUGGCAGACCACAUCCCACAACUUGUCCAGGGGGUGCGUGGCAGUCAGGCCAAACCAGAGGACCUCAGUGCACAACUAGGACUCAUCAUUGCCAGCCAGAACUUCUUACAGCCUGGUAGUAAGAUGGUGACCUCGGCCAAGUCAUCUGUUCCCACGGUGACGGAUCAGGCUGCAGCCAUGCAACUGGGUCAGUGUGCCAAGAACCUGGCCACGUGCCUGGCUGAGCUGAGGACGUCUGCACAGAAGGCCCAUGAAGCCUGCGGCCCUAUGGAGAUCGACUCCGCGCUCACUGCCAUUCAGACCCUGAGAAAUGAGCUGCAAGAUGCUAUGCUGGCUGCUGUUAAUGACCAACUGAAACCACUACCAGGAGAAUCAUUGGAGAAGUGUGCUCAGGAUCUGGGCAGCACCUCAAAGUCAGUGGGAUCCUCCAUGGCUCAGCUGCUCACCUGUGCUGCACAAGGAAAUGAACACUACACAGGAAUAGCAGCCAGGGAGACAGCUCAGGCCCUGAGAACAUUGGCCCAGGCGGCUCGCGGCGUCGCUGCCUCCACCAAAGACCCCAAGGCUGCGGCGGCCAUGCUGGACUCGGCUCGGGACGUUAUGGAGGGCUCGGCGCUUCUCAUUCAUGAAGCCAAGCAGGCACUGAUUUCCCCCGGAGACGCCGAGAGUCAGCAGAGGCUGGCGCAGGUGGCCAAGGCUGUGUCUCAUUCCCUCAAUAGCUGCGUCAAUUGUCUGCCAGGCCAGAAGGAUGUGGACAUGGCUCUCAAAAGCAUCGCGGAGGCCAGCAAGAAGCUGCUGAUUGAAAUGAUCCCUCCAGGCUCUAAGUCCUUUCAGGAGGCCCAGAGCGAGCUGAACCAAACGGCAGCAGACCUGAACCAGUCAGCAGGCGAGGUGGUCCAUGCGUCCAGAGGCUCCAGCAGCCAGCUAGCGUUGGCCUCUGGAAAGUUUAGUGAAGACUUUGAUGAGUUCCUGGAUGCUGGUAUAGAGAUGGCUGGGCACACUCAGAAAAAGGACGACCAGGUGCAGGUGAUUGGUAACCUGAAGAACAUCUCCAUGGCUUCCAGUAAGCUAUUGCUGGCAGCUAAGAGUCUGUCUGUAGACCCGGCAGCAGCAAAUGCCAAGAACCUGCUAGCUGCUGCUGCAAGAUCAGUGACUGACAGCAUUAAUCAGCUGAUCACGCUGUGUACACAGCAGGCUCCUGGCCAGAAUGAGUGUGACAACGCCCUGAGAGAACUGGAGGCUGUCAGAGGAAUGCUGGACAAUCCCAGCGAGCCGGUCAGCGACCUCUCCUACUUUGACUGCAUUGAGAGUGUAAUGGAGAACUCCAAGGUCCUGGGAGAGUCUAUGGCAGGUAUUUCUCAGAACUGCAAGACUGGAGAUGUGCCGUCUUUUGGAAACUGUGUAGGAUCAGCCUCAAAAGCUCUGUGUGGCCUCACUGAAGCUGCGGUACAGGCCUCCUUCCUGGUGGGUGUGUCUGAUCCCAACAGUCAGGCCGGGCACCAGGGGUUGGUGGAUCCCAUCCAGUUUGCCAAAGCCAACCAGGCAAUCCAGAUGGCCUGUCAGAAUCUUGUAGACCCAGACAGUAGUCCCUCCCAGGUGCUUUCUGCAGCCACCAUUGUCGCAAAGCACACCUCGGCACUGUGCAACGCCUGCCGUCUGGCUUCCUCCAAGACAACCAACCCAGUUGCCAAGAGGCACUUUGUCCAGUCUGCCAAGGAGGUGGCCAACAGCACCGCCAACUUGGUCAAAACCAUCAAGGCUUUAGAUGGUGAUUUCUCGGAUGAAAACAGGAGCAAGUGUCGAGUCGCCACAGCUCCGCUAAUCGAGGCUGUUGAAAACCUGACAACAUUUGCUUCCAACCCAGAGUUUGCCAGCCUCCCAGCUAAAAUCAGCAAUGAGGGCUUUGCGGCCCAGGAGCCCAUCCUCCAAUCAGCACGCUCCAUGCUUGACAGCUCCACUUACUUGCUCAAGACUGCACGCUCAUUGGUUAUCAAUCCCAAAGACCCGCCCACCUGGUCUGUUCUGGCUGGUCACUCUCGCACUGUGUCAGACUCCAUUAAGAGUCUCAUCACAGCCAUCCGGGACAAGGCCCCAGGCCAGCGGGAGUGCGACUCAUCAAUUGAUAACAUCAACAAAUGUAUCCGGGACCUUGAACAGGCCUCUCUGGCAGCAGUCAGCCAGAACUUAGCCAGCAGGGACGAUAUCUCACUGGAGGCACUACAAGAGCAGCUGACAUCCACUGUGCAGGAAAUUGGCCACUUAAUUGACCCUGUUUCCACCGCUGCCAGAGGCGAAGCUUCCCAACUAGGACAUAAGGUGACCCAGUUGGCCCGUUACUUUGAGCCGUUGAUUAAGGCCUCUGUGGGUGUAACUUCCAAGCUGAGGGAUCACCAGCAACAGAUGACUUUCAUGGACCAAACUAAGACGCUGGCUGAGUCUGCCUUGCAGAUGCUUUAUGCUGCCAAGGAGGGUGGAGGAAACCCAAAGGCAUCCCAUACCCAUGAUGCCAUAGCAGAGGCAGCCCAGCUCAUGAAGGAAGCUGUUGAUGAUGUCAUGCUGACACUGAAUGAGGCUGCGAGUGAAGUGGGAAUGGUGGGAGGAAUGGUGGAGUCCAUCGCAGAGGCCAUGGCCAAGCUGGAUGAAGGUACACCGCCUCAACCUGAGGGUUCCUUUGUAGAUUACCAGACCAGUAUGGUGAAACACUCUAAGGCUAUUGCUGUCACUGCUCAGGAAAUGAUGACCAAAUCAGUGACAUGUCCAGAUGAGCUGGGGGGCCUGGCCUCUCAGGUCACUGUGGACUACAGCCAGCUGGCCGUUCAGGGACGACUGGCUGCUUACACAGCUGAGCCAGAAGAGAUCGGUUUCCAGAUUAAGACCCGAGUGCAGGAGCUCGGACAUGGUUGCAUCUUCCUGGUCCAGAAGGCUGGAGCUCUGCAGAUAACUCCCUCUGACGGCUUCACCAAACGAGAGCUCAUUGAAUGUGCCCGUGCAGUCACGGAGAAGGUGUCCUUGGUGCUCUCAGCCCUCCAAGCAGGCAACAAGGGCACUCAGGCGUGCAUCACGGCAGCCAGCGCAGUGUCUGGCAUCAUUGCUGAUCUGGACACCACCAUCAUGUUUGCCUCGGCCGGCACACUCAAUGCGGAGAAUGACGAGUCCUUCGCUGACCACAGGGAAAAUAUUUUGAAGACGGCCAAAGCCUUGGUGGAAGACACAAAGAUGCUGGUGUCCGGUGCGGCUUCCGGUCAGGACAGGUUGGCUCAGGCCGCCCAGUCUUCUGCCAAAACCAUUACCCAGCUCACAGAUGUGGUCAAACUGGGAGCUGCCAGUAUUGGCUCUGAUGACCCUGAGACACAGGUGGUUCUGAUAAAUGCUAUCAAAGACGUGGCCAAGGCGCUGGCUGAGCUCAUUAGUGCCACCAAGUGUGCAGCAGGCAAGGCAGCAGACGAUCCGUCUAUGCACCAGCUAAAGGGCGCUGCCAAGGUGAUGGUUACCAACGUGACUUCCCUGCUGAAGACAGUCAAGGCUGUAGAGGACGAAGCCACUCGGGGCACCAGAGCACUGGAGUCCACCAUCGAGUGUAUCAAACAGGAAUUGGCGGUGUUUCAAUCCAGGGAUGCUCCCAUCAAGACGACCACACCUGAGGAGUUCAUUCGCAUGACUAAGGGAAUCACCAUGGCAACUGCUAAAGCAGUGGCUGCUGGGAACUCUGCCCGGCAAGAGGACAUCAUCCAUACAGCCAACCUCAGUCGCAAGGCUAUUUCCGACAUGCUCACCACCUGCAAGCAAGCGGCCUAUCAUCCAGAAGUCAGUGAGGAGGUGAAGAACAGAGCGCUGAUGUUCGGAUCCGAGUGUACAACUGGAUACAUUGACCUACUGGAACAAGUUCUAUUGGUCCUGCAAAAGCCCACUGCAGAUCAGAAGCAACAUCUGGCAGCUCGCUCCAAACGUGUGGCAGGAGCUGUCACAGAACUCAUCCAGACCGCUGAGGCCAUGAAAGAUGGAGGUUCAGAGUGGGUUGACCCCGAGGAUCCAACAGUGAUUGCAGAGACGGAGCUGCUCGGAGCAGCAGCAUCCAUUGAAGCGGCAGCAAAGAAGCUGGAGCAGCUCAAACCCCGAGCCAAGCCCAAGCAAGCUGAUGAGACACUGAACUUCGAAGAGCAGAUCCUAGAGGCUGCCAAGUCCAUCGCUGCAGCCACCAGCGCUUUGGUCAAAUCAGCGUCUGCUGCCCAGAGAGAGCUGGUGGCUCAGGGCAAAGUGGGCCUCAUCCCUGCCAACGCCGUGGACGAUGGACAGUGGUCCCAAGGGCUCAUCUCAGCUGCACGUAUGGUGGCGGCAGCGACCAGCAACCUGUGUGAGGCAGCCAACGCCUCGGUGCAAGGCCAUGCAAGCGAGGAGAAGCUCAUCUCUUCAGCCAAACAGGUGGCAGCCUCCACCGCCCAGCUGCUGGUAGCCUGUAAGGUGAAGGCUGACCAGGAUUCCGAGGCAAUGAGGAGACUACAGAUUGCCGGGAAUGCAGUGAAGAAGGCGUCAGACAAUUUGGUGCGGGCCGCUCAGAAGGCAGCGUUUGACAAAGCAGAUGAAGACAACGUAGUGGUCAAGACCAAGUUUGUGGGUGGAAUAGCACAGAUCAUUGCAGCCCAGGAGGAGAUGCUGAGAAAGGAGAGAGAGCUGGAAGAAGCCAGGAAGAAACUGGCUCAGAUCAGGCAGCAGCAGUACAAGUUCCUGCCCAGCGAACUACGAGAGGACAACAACUAAAUAGGACAUCUGUGUUUGUGUCCCUUUUUUACUGGCACACUUGGACAGGUAUGUGGCCAGCAGCAACUUCAGAUGUGUUGCGACUGAUCUAACAAAACAGGAAUGCCCAAGUCUGCAGUGAAUCCAAUUCACACGGAAAUAUUUUAAAGUCAUCUAUUUGCAAGUUUGAAAUACUACUGUAUGGAACGGACUACUUUCCCCAAAAAACUAUCAUAAAGAUUGUGGUGAUUCAACUGAA